CAACAAGCAGCAUCCACCCGGCGGGAGGCCGGAGCCAGCGAGGCCCGAAAAGCUGCGGAGUGAGCCGGACGCUCCUUGUCCAGCGCGAGUCCUACUCCUCCUCCACUAACUCGGCCGCCCGUCCCCAAGUCUCGACUCGCUUUUUAGCCUUCGCAAAGCCUAGGGAGGGGGUUAGGAGCAGCCGCGCCCCCCUCUCUGCGGCUGCCUCCUCCUGCUUUUUCGGCUUUGCUCCCUGCCGCGUGCGCCAGGGCAGUGCGCCCCGGCAGGCCCCAGCCAUGUCGAUGCUGCCAUCGUUCGGCUUCACGCAGGAGCAAGUGGCGUGCGUAUGCGAGGUUUUGCAGCAAGGCGGGAACCUGGAGCGCCUGGGCAGGUUCCUGUGGUCGCUGCCCGCCUGCGACCACCUGCACAAGAACGAAAGCGUGCUCAAGGCCAAGGCCGUGGUCGCCUUCCACCGCGGCAACUUCCGCGAGCUCUACAAGAUCCUGGAGAGCCACCAGUUCUCGCCUCACAACCACCCCAAGCUGCAACAACUGUGGCUGAAGGCGCACUACGUGGAGGCCGAGAAGUUGCGCGGCCGGCCCUUGGGCGCGGUGGGCAAAUAUCGGGUGCGCCGAAAAUUCCCGUUGCCGCGCACCAUCUGGGACGGCGAAGAGACCAGCUACUGCUUCAAGGAGAAGUCGCGGGGCGUGCUGCGGGAGUGGUACGCGCAUAACCCCUACCCCUCGCCGCGUGAGAAGCGGGAGCUGGCCGAGGCCACCGGCCUCACCACCACCCAAGUCAGCAACUGGUUUAAGAACCGGAGGCAAAGAGACCGGGCCGCCGAGGCCAAGGAAAGGGAGAACACUGAAAACAAUAACUCCUCCUCCAACAAGCAGAAUCAACUCUCUCCUCUGGAAGGGGGCAAGCCGCUCAUGUCCAGCUCAGAAGAAGAAUUCUCACCUCCCCAAAGUCCAGACCAGAACUCGGUCCUUCUGCUGCAGGGCAAUAUGAGCCACGCCAGGAGCUCAAACUAUUCUCUCCCAGGUUUAACCGCCUCUCAGCCCACCCACGGCCUGCAAGCCCACCAGCAUCAGCUCCAGGACUCUCUGCUGGGCCCCCUCACCUCCAGUCUGGUGGACUUGGGGUCCUAAGGGGGAGGGAUUGGGGCCUCGAAGCAGCGACUAGGGACACUUGUAAAUAGAAAUCAGGAACAUUUUUGCAGCUUGUUUCUGGGGUUCUUUGCGCAUAAAGGAAUGGUGGACUUUCACAAAUAUCUUUUUUAAAAUUCAAACCCAACAGCGAUCUCAAGCUCAGUGCCCUCUUCUCUCCAACUCUUUCCACUUUUGCAUUAUUUCCCCUCCCAGUGUGGAGAUCAGGGAAAAGAAAAAAAAAAAACAACCCAAACAAACAAAAAUAUCCAGUCACCCAGUCUUGGUUCUGGGCAACCCGUGUUCCAGCUUCAGUAGCCUUUCUUUUUUCUUUUUCUUUUCAAUGAAUGGGAAUUACAAAAUCAACUGGAUUUUAAUUACUUCAUUUUAAUUUAUUUAUGGAAAAAUGUUUUGAGAAGAGGAAAAGGAAAUGAAAACGAGAGAGAGACAGAGAGAGAGGAGAGCAAAAUAGUGAAAAGAUCCUCCAGCCUGGGAGGAACUGGUUGCAUUCUUAAGGUGAAUAGGAAAAAUACGAUCUUAUAACUUUUUUUGAUGGGGAAAAUUAAGUUUACAUUUUCAUAUUUAGUGUUAAACAAUUUUAUGUAGAUUAAAAUGAAAGAACAGUAUUAGGGGAAAAAACAAGUGCCUAAAUGUCUUAAUGCUCUCUAUGUGAGGCAGUUAGAAAUAGAAGUGACCAUUAGUAAUACAAAUACUUCUGUCAAAUUUAGUGGGGGUUUUUGGUUGUUGUUUGUUUUCUUGGGGUUUUUUUAUGGCAAACUUUAAAAAUGUACCAGUGUGAAAAAACACUUUCCUGAAUGCCAUUACUUCUCAUGCCCUUGAAGCUUUCUUAUCUGUAGCCUCCUGUUAAGGGUUUCUCCUGUUCCUAGUUUCUAGCUUGCAAAAAUAGGUAACAAAUCUAGCAACCUGGUAUUUGUUACUAAAACAGCAUGUGUUUUCAGGUUUCUUUUCUAUUGUACCUAAACCAGUCUAAAUUAAAACUUAGUAGAACACCAGGAGUACUGAUUCUGUUUCUGAAAGGUGAGUUGUGUAUUGCUGUCAUUGGGCCCCCCCCAUUUUUUUUAAACGAAUAGUUUUCUUGCUUUCUUACUUAAUGGUGGUUAUGAAUUGCAGGGUACUUUGAAGGCCAUCCCCUGAACCAAGAGUGGUGACUGAGUUAAUUAUAUGACAGAAAAAGAGUGAAUUUAGCUUUGGGGUAUUUAUUUAUUUUUUUAUUAUUUAGAGAUGCAGUUUUGUUUACCACUAGCUCUUCUCCACAUCAUUCGUAUGUUAGCUCUUUUGUAUUAUUAACAAAUUUAUGACAAGACUGUGAAAGUAAAAUAAUUUAUCUGCUUGGGGGGAAAAAAAAGGGAACUUGUACAAGGAUAGCAACAUUGUGAAUUACUCUGUGCAAAUAGAAAGCAGACCAACAGGACAGGAGUUCUUUGCGGCGCUGCCUGAUAGUGUCCAGAAAAAUCCCAGUAAUCAUGUAGGCUCCAAAUUAUUUUUGCCUGGGGCAAAAAUGAUGUAUCUUUGUAUUUAGCUUUUAAAAUUAGUGAAACAAAUGGCAUUAUUUAUUAAAAUUCUACUCAGGAUAA